GGCUGUGCUCCAAAUGACCAACCAAUCUACCGACCCAGUCGACACCCUCUCUCUCUUGUUGUCCCUACAGGAAAACCAUAAGGGUUAAAAUAGUAGAUGAGGAGGAAUACGAAAGGCAAGAGAAUUUCUUCAUUGUCCUUGGUGAACCGAAAUGGAUGGAACGUGGAAUAUCAGCGCUCCUGUUGUCUCCAGAGGUGACAGACAGAAAGCUGACUGUGGAGGAGGAGGAGGCCAAGAGGAUAGCAGAAAUGGGAAAGCCAGUACUGGGCGAACACCCCAAACUAGAGGUCAUCAUUGAAGAAUCCUUUGAGUUCAAGAAUACGGUGGACAAACUGAUCAAGAAGACAAACCUGGCCAUGGUUGUGGGGACCCAUUCCUGGAGGGACCAGUUCAUGGAGGCCAUCACUGUCAGUGCAGCAGGGGACGAGGAUGAGGAUGAGUCAGGUGAGGAGAGGCUGCCAUCCUGCUUUGACUACGUCAUGCACUUUCUGACCGUCUUCUGGAAGGUGCUGUUUGCCUGCGUGCCCCCCACAGAGUACUGUCACGGCUGGGCCUGCUUCGUCGUGUCCAUUCUCAUCAUCGGCAUGCUCACGGCCGUCAUUGGGGACCUGGCCUCCCACUUUGGCUGCACCAUUGGCCUCAAGGACUCAGUCACAGCUGUUGUCUUUGUGGCAUUUGGCACCUCUGUGCCAGACAUGUUUGCCAGCAAAGCCGCGGCCAUCCAGGAUCUGUACUCUGAUGCCUCCAUCGGCAAUGUCACGGGCAGCAACGCCAUCAACGUCUUCCUGGGCAUCGGCCUGGCCUGGUCCGUGGCCGCCAUCUACUGGGCCCUGCAGGGACAGGAGUUCUACGUGUCGGCCGGCACGCUGGCCUUCUCGGUCACCCUCUUCACCAUCUUCGCGUUCGUGUGCAUCAGUGUGCUCCUGUACCGCCGGCGGCCCCACCUGGGCGGGGAGCUGGGGGGCCCACGCGGCUGCAAGCUGGCCACAACGUGGCUCUUCGUGGGCCUGUGGCUCCUGUACAUACUCUUUGCCACGCUGGAGGCCUACUGCUACAUCAAGGGCUUCUGAGCCUGGGCGCGGGGCCUCCGCUGCACACACCUCGGACUUCUCCUGAGAGAAGGGCACUUGGCCACCAUGACCUCGCC